AUGAAGCGCAAGUGCUCGUUUUGUAACGCCGAUGGGCAUAACUCGCGCACUUGUCCAAUGAGGACCGGCAAAGAAAUCGACGGUGGUGGUGGGAGCGGUGGCGGCGGAGACGGAGACGGAGGCCCUCAUGGCGGUGGAUUUACGCUGUUUGGGGUGCGGUUGAUAGAUGGAUCGUACAUUAAGAAGAGUUUUAGCAUGGGUAACCUCGCGAACUACCAUGCCUCCUCCUCUGCUGCCGGGCCGGAUUCGCCCGAUGGGUAUCAUUCCGACGGUCCGGGUCGCGGUUCUGAUUCUGCUUCUGCUUCUGCUUCUGCUGCUCUCCCUCGAGCCCAGAAAAGAAAAGGUGUUCCAUGGACACACGAAGAGCAUCGACAAUUCCUUCUUGGUCUCCAGAAAUUUGGGAAAGGAGAGUGGCGGCAUAUAUCAAGAGACUUUGUUCCAUCAAAGACUCCAACCCAGGUAGCAAGCCAUGCCCAGAAGUUCUUCAAUCGUCACUGUAAUUCAGCAAUGCGGGGAAAGAGAAGAUCCAGCCUCUUUGACAUGGUGCUGGACACGGCUAGAAAUUCAUUGUCAAUUCCAGUACAAUUUAGCAUCCCCCCUCAGACAGCUGGAACUGACAACGGACAGCUCGUGCUUUUGUCUUCUCAAGUGGCAGAAACCAAUCGUUCAGUGCCUUCUCUCGAUCUUUCUCUCAAGCCAGCUUUUCCGCCUUUACCGAUUCAACUUUGGCCACCAAAUUCAUCCUCUAUAGAGAAUGGUGGAACUGCAGUUACUGAUCAUCAGAACUUUAACUCAAGUCCAGUCAAUCCGAAAGAAGCAGUAAACAUUGAGGGACUGAUGGGUAUGUGCCAGCUGAGUUUAGGAAUGGAUGGCAGUGGCCGUAUCAAAUAA